AUGACCUCAGACGGUCGACCCAACUCCCCUGCUGUAAGGCAGGCCAAUCCUCGGCUCCACUCCCCCACUUUGCACCGAGAUCGGCACCGUGACAGGCGGAUGGCAUCCGGGUCAUGGGCACCCUCGGCUGCCCCCCUGGCUGCUGCGCUCCCUGGGGUGCCCCGGUCACCCCCGGCUGCCCCCCUGCCUGCUGCUCUCCCUGGGGUGCUCUGGGCACCCUCGGCUGCCCUCCUGCCUGCUGCACUCCCUGGGGUUCCCCAGGCACCAUCGGCUGCCCUCCUGCCAGCUGCACUCCCUGGGGUGCUCCGGUCACCCCCGGCUGCUCCCCUGCCUGCUGCUCGCCCUGGGGUGCUCGGGUCACCCCCGGCUGCCCCCCUAGCUGCUGCUCCCCCUGGGGUGCUCCGGUCACCCCCGGCUGCCCCCCAGCCUGCUGCUCUCCCUGGGGUGCUCCAGGCAUCCUCGGUUGCCCUCCUACCUGCUGCACUCCCUGGGGUGCCCCGGGCACCCUCAGCUGCCCUCCUGCCUGCUGCACUCCCUGGGGUGCCCCGGGCACCCUCGGCUGCCCUCCUGCCUGCUGCACUCCCUGGGAUGCCCCGGGCACCCCCGGCUGCCCUCCUGCCUGCUGCACUCCCUGGGGUGCUCCGGGCACCCCUGGCUCCCCACCUGCCCGCUGCACUCCCUGGGGUGCCCCGGGCACCCUCGGCUGCCCUCCUGCCUACUGCACUCCCUGGGGUGCUCCGGGCACCCCCGGCUGCCCCCCUGCCUGCUGCACCCCCUGGGGUGCCCCGGGCACCCCCGGUUGCCCCCCUGCCUGCUGCACUCCCUGGGGUGCCCCGGGCACCCCCGGCUGCCCUCCUGCCUGCUGCACUCCCUGGGGUGCCCCGGGCACCCUCGGCUGCCCUCCUGCCUGCUGCACUCCCUGGGGUGCCCCAGGCACCCUCGGCUGCCCUCCUGCCUGCUGCACUCCCUGGGGUGCCCCAGGCACCCCCGGCUGCCCCCCUGCCUGCUGCACUCCCUGGGGUGCCCCGGGCACCCCCGGCUGCCCCCCUGCCUGCUGCACUCCCUGGGGUGCCCCGGGCACCCCCGGCUGCCCUCCUGCCUGCUGCGCUCCCUGGGGUGCCCCGGGCACCCUCGGCUGCCCUCCUGCCUGCUGCACUCCCUGGGGUGCCCCGGGCACCCCCAGCUGCCCCCCUGCCUGCUGCACUCCCUGGGGUGCCCCGGGCACCCUCGGCUGCCCUCCUGCCUGCUGCACUCCCUGGGGUGCUCCGGGUACCCUCGGCUGCCCUCCUGCCUGCUGCACUCCCUGGGGUGCCCCAGGCACCCCCUGCUGCCCUCCUGCCUGCUGCACUCCCUGGGGUGCCCCGGGCACCCUCGGCUGCCCUCCUGCCUGCUGUACUCCCUGGGGUGCCCCGGGCACCCUCGGCUGCCCUCCUGCCUGCUGCGCUCCCUGGGGUGCCCCGGGCACCCUCAGCUGCCCUCCUGCCUGCUGCACUCUCUGGGGAGCCCCGGGCACCCCCGGCUGCCCCCCUGCCUGCUGCACUCCCUGGGGUGCCCCGGGCACCCUCGGCUGCCCCCCUGCCUGCUGCCCUCCCUGGGGUGCUCCGGGUACCCUCGGCUGCCCUCCUGCCUGCUGCACUCCCUGGGGUGCCCCAGGCACCCCCUGCUACCCUCCUGCCUGCUGCGCUCCCUGGGGUGCCCCAGGCACCCUCGGCUGCCCUCCUGCCUGCUGCACUCCCUGGGGUGCCCCGGGCACCCUCGGCUGCCCUCCUGCCUGCUGCGCUCCCUGGGGUGCCCCGGGCACCCUCAGCUGCCCUCCUGCCUGCUGCACUCCCUGGGGAGCCCCGGGCACCCCCGGCUGCCCCCCUGCCUGCUGCACUCCCUGGGGUGCCCCGGGCACCCCUGGCUGCCCCCCUGCCUGCUGCACUCCCUGGGGUGCUCCGGGCACCCUCGGCUGCCCCCCUGCCUGCAGCACUCCCUGGGGUGCCCCGGGCCCCCCCGGCUGCCCCCCUGCCUGCUGCACUCCCUGGGGUGCCCCGGGCACCCCCGGCUGCCCCCCUGGCUGCUGCUCUCCUUGGGGCGCCCCGGGCACCCAGGGCUGCCCCCCCACCCGCAGAGCUCCCGGGGGUGUCUCGGUCGCCCCCGGCUGCCCCUCCGCCUGCUGGGCGGCAGCUCAGCUUCCAGUUCGGCCUUGCGUCUUACGGGCGUGUCCGACCUCCAGCUGCCCCCGCGCCGGCAGCUCCCGCCGCUCCCCCUCCGACAGCUCCUGCUGCCCUCCCCCCGACAGCCCCAGCUGCCCUCCUGUUGGCAGCUCCUGCCGCUCCUCCCCCGGCAGCUCCUGCUGCCCUCCUGCCUGCAGCCGGACCUGGUUCCCUGAUUGGUCCUGCUGCACCUCUGGCAGUAGCUCGGCCAUCUCCACAUCCACCGCUUGCUGCUCCCUUGCCGGCAGCUGCCCCACCCCCGGCGGCUUCUGCUGCUCUUCCCUUGGCAGCUCAAGCUGCUCUCCCCCGGGCGGCCCCUGCUGCCCUCCUGCCUGUGGCCAGGCCUGGUUUCCUGAUUGGUCCUGCUGUGACUCUGGCUGUAGCUCGGCCAUCUCCACUUCUACCGCUUGCUGCUCCCUUGCUUGCUGCUCCCUUGCCGGCAGCUCCUGCUGCUCUUCCCUUGGCAGCUCACGCUGCUCUCCCCCGGGCGGCUCCUGCUGCCCUCCUGCGUGUGGCCGGGCCCGGUUCCUCGAGUGGUCCUGCUGCACCUCUGGCUGUAGCUCGGCCAUCUCCACUUCUACCAUUUGCUGCCCCCCAGCCGACAGCUCCUGCUGCCCUCUCGCCGGCACCUCCUGUUGCCCUCUCGCCGGCACCUCCUGCUGCCCUCUCGCCGGCACCUCCUGCUGCCCUCUCGCCGGCGCCUCCUGCUGCCCUCCCGCUGGCACCUCCUGCUGCCCUCCCGCUGGCACCUCCUGCUGCCCUCCCGCUGGCACCUCCCGCUGCCCUCCUGCCUGCAGCUCCUGCUGCCCCCCCGCCGGCAGCUCCAGCUGCCCUCCCGCCGGCCACUCCUGCUGCUCUCCCUUCGGCAGUACCUGCUGCUCGCCUGCCGACCGCGCCUGCCGCCCUCUUGCCUGCGGCUCUUGCUGCCCUCUCGCCGGCAGCUCCUGCUCCCCUCUCGCCGGCAGCUCCUGCUCCCCUCUCGCCAGCAGAUGCUGCUCCCCUCUCGCCGGCAGCUCCUGCUGCCCUCCCGCCGGCCGCACUUGCUGCUCCCUUGCUUGUGGCUUCUGGGCCUCCCCCAACAGCCAGUUCUGCUGCCUCCCCUCCUGCCUCGAGGGCUGGGUCCCCGCUGGACUCCAUUGCUGCACUUCCGCCCGAGCUCUCCGUCUCGGUUCCUGCCUUUGGGCCAGGCGAGGCCCGCGCGGAGCUGUGA